AUGGUUCACUUCUGUUUCGUGACUAAAUAUCAAUUUCUUGACUUUCAACUCCAAAGAAAAAGAGGCAAUAUGGCUAAUACAGAAGUUUUGUCGACGAUACCAGAUUCAUUUGUUUAUGAAGAUCUAGUUUCACAAGUUCAAACUAUACAAAAUCAAAUGAAUGAUUUUGAAAAACUUCUCGCUCAACGGUGGCAAAAUAACAAAAAAGAUAUGCGUGACGAAAUCGAAUACCAUUCAUUUACUUUUAUUGAUCCGUAUGGAAAUGAAAUGAUUGAAGAACACAUGGAUCAUGAACCAAUGAACAGUGUUAUUCAAAACUUCACAAGAGCCUAUGUUCCAAAAUAUUUAAAAAACUGGAUCUAUAUUGGUACGUUAACCGGCAGUGGUUUAUCUGCACUAGAUGAUUGUGAUUUAAAAUCAACGAUGUCAAAUUUUGUUCAUGAUGUUCAGUUUAUCGCCUAUGGAGAAAUUACCAUCUGGUUCGGGCGUUACGACACUCUUCCACCGCAAAAGUUCGUUGUCAAGGUUCUUCUAAAAGAUACUUUAGAAGAAAUCAAGACUCGAAUUAGAGACCAGUGUCGUGUCACAAACUUUGAACUACGAUUUAGUGAGAGAAGUGAAGCACGUACACUGACCGCCGAAAAUUGGAAUUCCGGUAUUGCACUCAAACCAGAGGAUACCAUCUUAUCGCGUCGAUUGUAUCAAGAUAACUAUAUUAUCAUGGCCAAAGUUAUACAAACGGCAUCGAGCUCUGAUAAUGCAUACAACCUGUUUGUUCAAACUCUUACCGGAAGAAAACUUUCAUUAAUUGUUACUGCAAUGACAGAUGUGACAGAUGUGAAACAAAUGGUACAAGAUAUAGAAGGUAUUCCUCCUGACCACCAACGUUUCAUAUAUGCCGGUAAACAAUUGGAAGAUGGUCGAAAAUUAUCAGAUUAUCAUAUUCCCAAUGAAGCUGUUAUCCAUCUAGUGCUUUCCCUACGAGGUGGAAUGUAUCAUUUUACUAGCGGUCGACAAGACUUCAGUCAGCUACCAAGUAGUUGUGAAAAUGCUAUUCGUAAUGUUCUUUCGUUUGAAACUAAAGAUACCGACGAUUAUCAGCAAUUGUCAUCCGCUGAUUUACAAGAAUAUAUUUUACAAGCCAACGUAGUCUUAACGUCUUUACAUGGUAAAAUCAAAGCGAUUUAUGCUCCAUCGAAUCUUCCCAAUUUGAGAAAUAUGAUCUUGCCAGCACCUAUCGAUGAUGCACAAGAUGAUGAAACUUCCACACAAAAACAACUUCGAGUCUACCGAUUAUUAGAACGACAAACUCUCAAACAACUCCUCAUCAAAGAAGAACAACUCCGACUUGCACCACAAACACAACAACUACUCGCAUCCAUUCAAGAUCGAACUGACAUCGACUGGAUGGAUGUCAUUGCUCAACUUCAAACUACACUCGUCAAAGAAACUAUCGGCGAAGAUGCGACUGAAAACGAAAUUCAACAUGCUCUCACUAUCUUCAGAAGUGCGCAUCAGAUCUAUGCAGACGAUCAAGAAUUCCAAAAUCUCUCUCUCUAUGUUCGACAUAAUCGUGCACGACUAGGUCAUCUCAAACUUGCUGAUCAAGCACCAGACGUACAACUACUAGACCUAAACAAUCACUUUCAUUCAUUGUUAUCUCAUUGUCAUUCUCCUCAUCGACCUCUCUUGAUCAUUGCUGGCUCAUACACAUGA